AUGUUAAAUCCUCUCUUGCAUCUACUUCCUAUCCUUCACAUAAAUGAGUAUUCCUUUGAGUACCUUUCAAAUUCUUAUGACCCUUUUGCACUCCAAAAAGUUCUCAUAAUUUCACUUCUUUUACUUCAUUUCUCAAACUGUUAUAUACUUCUAUAGUACCAUUGUCUUUACCACUUUUCUUUGUACUUGAUUUCCCUUGCUAAAACCCCUUUAACCAUGGUUAUCUCAGCAACCACUUUCACCUCUCAGAACAACAACAAUAACCUCCGUGAUGCUUCUUUCUCUUCUUACUUGAACAGCAAGAAAGAGACUUUUGUUGAUUCAAGUCACCCCUUUACCAUCAACAGAAAGGAACCUCUUCAACUUGGAGUAAAGAAAGAAGAAGACGGAGAAAUCGGAGUUUUUGAUGCUGAAAAGUAUUUCAAUGGAGUUGAAGUAGACACUCCAACUCCAAGAGUUGCUACCAUAGAUUCUAAUAAGUUCAACUACAUGAAAAACCAACAACAAACAUGUCAACAAAACAGAAAACAAAAAGUUCAAUAUGGAACUCCAAGUGUUGGCUCAGAAUCAAGCUUGAAUAGCCAAAAUGCACUUUUACAAACUGCUGUGAAAAACUCUUCAAGCAAUAGGAAAAAACAAGUUCAUAGAAAGAGCCUUCUAGCUAUUCUUGGUUGCAAAUGUUCUUGUUAUGACAAGAAUUCUGUUGAUGUGAAUGACCAUGCAGGUGAAAUCAGUUUCAACAAAGGUGUGGUUCCUGGAAAAACAACCUCAGAGAAACUCUUCAAACAUAAUCAAGAAGCUUCUAAGAAAACCGAGACUCGCGCUGCAGCAGACCUCAUGAAGAACAAAGAUAUAUACUUACAAAAACAAGAAAACAUUUCUACUUACAACAUGCAGCUUCAACAAGUAGAGAAUCCAAGGAAAACAUUAGAAGUGUUCGGUUCACCGAUACUAUACGAAAGAUGCAAAUCUUUAAGCUUUGAUAUGAGGCUAAAAAAACCAUCUUGGGAAGAAGCUGGUUCUAAUUCUAAACUUGAAGAAGAAAUUGAGUUUUCUACAAAUUCUGGUGAAAAUUUUGAUGAUGCUGGAAGUGAUGCAAGUUCAGACUUAUUCGAGAUUGAAAGUUUCACAGGUAAAACCAACCCUUCUUUUUGUAGAACAAGUUCCAAUGUUGCUUCUGGUUGUGCUAGUCCAACAUGCUAUGCACCAAGUGAAGCUAGCAUUGAAUGGAGUGUGAUAACAGCAAGUGCAGUUGAGUAUUCAGCAGUUUCAGAUCAUGAAGAUCAAGAAACUAUAAGGACUCCUACAACUAUAAGAACAUCCUUGAAUUCAUCAAACGGAAAAACAAGAAUCAAUAAAGAGAUACCGAAGCGGCGGCCGAGUAAAUUCUUGGGUUGUAACAGUCAGAAAUCUGUUGGUGUGGCUGCUGAUGCCUUCACAGCAACAUAUGAGAAACAAAGUACAAGUACUAAUACAAAAAUUUAUGGUAAGUCGGAUAUGUUACCUCAUGUGACAAAGUUUAAGGUGGAAAGUUAUGCAAAACCUCCUCUUAGGAGAUCACAUUCACCACAUGGUGCAAAUCUUUUGUAUAUUUAGAUUUUGGUUUUAAUUCAAGUGUACUUUUUUCUUUGUAGUUGGAAUUAAUUUGAUCAGUUAUAUGUAUGUACCUUGAGUCUGGAAUUAGCGUAAUGCAGUUUUAUUUUGUUGCAUAAUUUAUUAUAUAAUAAAAAUAAGCUCUACGACCAAUUUGUUUCCCCUCACACUAAAUAACAAAAAUGGUGUGAGUGAGAGAAAGUAUAGAAACAUUAUGAAGAUGAUAAGGUGUUGGCUACAUGUAACUCUAAAUAAAAAAGGUGUUUGCUACAUGAAAAAGAUUUGUCAAAAAUUUUAUGGACAGAGGUAACAAACAC